UGCUGCAGCAACGUGCACCAUACUCCGUCCUAAACAUUUCGAAAAAUAUUUACCAUCACAACCUGGCAUUAGAUAUCGUUUACCUGGUGAUAAUCAUAGAUAAUACAUCCUUUAAAGAGGGCAAAAUUUAACAUUCCUCGACACAGAAAGUCGACAGCUGACUUUCUUGGCGCUGAAACGUGAUUUUUAGGUUAAGAGUUUCGAGAAUACUUUUGACAGUUUUGGGAUCGUCGCACGGUCGGAAGUCUCGAAAUCCAAGGAAGGCCGGUCGCGGCAGUCCGCUGCUUUUUGUGGUCAAGGCGUCAGGGUUCCUGUGCGUUGAGCAGCCAUCGUUGGACCCUGCUGUGACUGUAGACGAGCCGUCUUUGGCGCUGACCGACUUACAGCAUGCCAAGGAGUAAAAAAGGGAAACGUGUUAGUUCAAGCAAGGGCUCUCUUCGAGAAGAGGUGCUACAUCUGCAGCUGUCUGCCAAGACUGCUCUAUCCCGUCAAGGGAGGAAUGGGGUGAGAGGAGAGUCAGGAGCGAGCGAUGACGACUUUGCCUCUGACAUCGUCAGUCACUGCAGCAGCGCCAGUGAAAGUGCUUCUGUCCUGGAGGAGGGAACAGGUGGGGAGGUGGUGGAUGAGCAGACAGCACAGGAAGAAACAGAAGACAAACUAAAACAAUGCAUCGACAACCUGAUGGACAAGAGUGCCAAGACUCGUAUGGCGGCCCUGGAGAGCCUGCGACAGGCCUUUUCCUCCAGGCUUCUGUACGACUUUCUGCUGGAGAGACGCUUCACAAUCAGUGACUGCCUGGACAGGAUCCUUCGCAAAGGAGGUGGGGAGGAGCAGGCGGCAGCUGCUACUGUGUGUGCUCUGUUGUGCGUGCAGCUGGGAGGAGGAGAAGAAGCGGAGGAGGGAUUUCAGUUACUCCGCCAUAGCCUCAGCUCCAUCUUGACUGACAGCAGUGCCAGCCUAUCUGCUCGUCAGAGCUGUGCCAGGGCUCUGGGUAUAUGCUGCUAUAUUUCAACAGAAGAAGAUGCAGGGGACUUGGUGAAGGCUCUGGAGAGCGUGUUCACUUGUGCGUACCCGGUCGGUAACGGUGCUCUACCCACGGUGAAGGCGGGCAUGCCAGCGCUCCACACCGCCGCCCUGCAGGCCUGGGCACUGCUUGCCACCCUGUGGCCGGCGUCCCGCGUCGACGGGGUCCUCAACAGCCACUUGCCAAGGCUGCAGGCUUGUCUGGAGAGCAACGACGUGCACUUCAGGAUCGCCGUCGGAGAGACCAUCGCUCUGCUCUUCGAACUGGGCAGAGACAUCGACCGAGACUUUGAUUAUGACGACUGUGACUCGCUGUGCGACAGCCUGAAGACGCUGGCCACCGACGGUAACAAACACCGCGCCAAAAACGACCGGAGGAAACAGCGCUCCAUCUUUAGAGAAGUACUGCAGUACAUCGAAAAUGAAGACUUUUCGGAGGAGAAGAUCCGUUUUGGAAUUGAGGCGGUGUAUAUUGACAGCUGGAUGCGCAGAAGAAUUUACGAUGCUUUUAAAGAAGUGCUGGAGUCAGGAGUAAGACACCACCUACAGUUCAAUCCACUGCUGAGGGACAUCUUUGAGCUGGGACCUCCCCUGAUUCUAGACGCGUCCGUUAAAGCCAGCAGAAUCUCCCGCACAGAGAGGCAUCUCUUCAACUCUGCUGCGUUCAAAGCUCGGACGAAACUACGGAACAAAGUCCGGGACAAACGUGCUGAUGUGAUGUGAGGAGACUGAAGGAGGAGAACAUGUUUUUUUUUUUUUCGAGAGGAACACUAUACCCUAAAAAACCUCUCACUUCACCUGGGAUAAAACAAAAAAAAAAGAAAAGUCAAUGAAACAGUGGCUGCCAAAACAGGGACGUGACAAUGCAAAUUGAUUGUGUGUGUGUUUGCGGGCGCGAUUGUGCAUGAGUGUGUG